AUGCCUUUAACGAGGGGACAUGUGCUCGUUACUCCUAGACGGCAUUAUCAGAAUAUGCGUCAAGUUGGCAUCCAUGACGCAAAGCAGCUUGGUCAAUGGCUACCAAUACUCUCUCGAGUGAUUGUUCGAGCCGUCCUAGGUGAAGGCAAGGACAGCCGAGGGGACGACCAGGGGAAUUGGAACAUUAUUCAGAACAAUGGUAUACGGGCAUCUCAGACGGUUCCUCAUGUACACUUUCACAUCAUACCUAGGCCUGCGACAGGAGCUGAUGCACCUGCUGGAGGGAGCUGGGUCAUGUUCGGGCGCGGCCAGAGGGAUGAGCUUAUGGAUGAUGAGGCGGAGGAGCUAGUGGUUCUAUUGAGGGAUGAGUUAGCAAGGGAAGUAAGGAGAGUUAAGGAGGAGGAAGGCGUUGAUUUGGAUGAUUGUGAUUGUGGAGUAGGGGAUGGGCACAUACUGCGAUCGACCAAGUUGUGA